AUGUCUUGUCUUUGCGGUACACCAAAUCCCGGAAAAACACUUCCUUACACAAAUCUAUUCAUAUUACCUAGUUUCUCCAAAACAGCAAAACCAUCAACAUGAUUAUCCCCAAAGUGUUGUUCUAUCUAACAAUUUUCGCCGUUUUGUGCGCCUUUUCCAAAGAUGUUGAUUGUUCGCCAGCCUAUCCCAUCCGAAGCGACUCAAUCGAGACAAAAUGGCCGGAAAACAAAAACGCUGAAGAAAAAGAACCCGGAUGGAUGCGAAGACAACUGAUACGAUUCGGGGAAGUCGCCAGCCGAGUCGGCAACUCAAUGGGGGCCCACGCCACUAAAAUAAGCUCAGCUAUCGACAAAGUUUGCGAGAUUGUUAAGACAGUUAUUCCGCUCUUAACAGCAGUGUGCCACGUGGGGCAGUUUAAAUUUUGCGCCGCCACAACCCAGGCUCCGGAUCAGCUUACAGAGGCUUUGAAUCCUGCGAGUUUAAACCUGGAUGAGCCCGACAGAAAAUAAAAAUAAAAUGUAUGAAAAACAACUACAUACAAAUAUUUCGAAAUAAAAUAUAUCUUUAUUUUA